AUGUUGAAUAUCUUGUUUCCAAAGGAUGCGUUCAAUAAUGGCGCGCCACAGGAGUCUGUGCCUAUUUAUCAGCGGCGCUUCGGUUACCCAGAGGACGACCUCCCGCUACUGGAGGAAUUAGGCAUAUUUCCCCACCAGAUCCGCUGUAAGGCCUGGGCGGUGUUGAAUCCCUUCAAGGCGAUGGCACAAGAGGCGGUGGAGGAUAUGGACCUCGCUGGUCCAAUUGUAUUUGCUGUCACCCUCGCCUUCUUGCUGUCCCUGCAGGGAAAAAUUCAGUUUAGCACCAUUUACGGUCACUCGGUGCUCGGCAUCAUCUUUAUGAAGGUGCUGCUCUCGCUCAUGACGGACCGCUGCGUGCCGCUACAGUUUGUGAUUAGCGCGCUGGGUUAUGGGCUUAUCCCUAGCAUUGUGCUGGCUGCCUGUCACUCGCUGGUGUACUGGCUGAUUGGCUACGUGGGUAAAACAAUGCUGCCGCCCGCGUUGCUGAUCGUGCUGUGGUCUGCGUUAUGUGCGACAGCAAUGUUGGUGAACGGUCUUUCGAUGGAGCAGCAGCGCUAUCUUAUUCUGUACCCCAUCUUCCUUUUCUACGCCGUCUUUGCAGCGCUGACAAUCUUUUAG